GUCAGACGAGAGGUGUAGGUAUAUUUUUCUGACCUUCUCGAACUCCAGCAGAGCCCCAAGUCACCCGACCGGACGCAAUUGAUACGAAACGUUCGGUAAACUUUGCGGAGCGAUAUUAACGAAUAUAUAUUUACUUCGAUUUGUUGUUAUUUUAUUAGGCAACCAAAUUAUCAACGCGCAGAAGGUUAAUAACGAAUUAGCAUAAAAAUACGAGAAUUACAAAAUUGUUGUUUAUCAGUUUUAUUGUGCGAAUACGUAACGAACGAGCCGUGCGUAUAGUUGUAUCGAAAUCGUCGAUAAUAAUGGUUUUGGGUCCGGUAAAAUUGGUCUUCAGGUCGUUCCAAACCAGGAACGCCAGCAAUGUGUCGUUCAUCGGCAUCGGCCAGAUGGGCUCCAGGAUGGUGAAAAACCUCCUGAAGAAGGGCCAAGAAGUGAAAGUUUUCGACGUGGUUCCCGCAGCCGCCAGCAGCGUCCCCGGCGCUCGCGUCUGCAACUCCGCCGCCGAGGCGGCCAAAGACGCCGACAUCGUCAUCACCAUGCUGCCCACCGGCGACGACGUCAAGCACACGCUCACCCAGAAGCAGGGCAUCCUGGAGGGCAUCCCGAAGAAGUCCUUGUUCAUCGAUUGCUCGACGAUCGAGCCCAAGAUGGCGCAAGAACUCCACCGGAUUUCUACGGAGAACGGUGUGAGGUAUAUCGACGCCCCGCUGUCGGGCGGCGUCACAGGCGCCGAGAACGGCACCCUCACGUUCAUGGUCGGCGGGGCCGAUGGCGAUCUGAAGGAAGCGGAGCCGGUGCUCAACAAAAUGGGCGCCAAGGUGUUCAAAUGCGGAGAUAUCGGAGCCGGACAGAUUGCUAAAUUAUGCAACAAUUUGAUACUCGGUAUUACGAUGAUAGGAACGUGCGAGGCGAUGAAUUUAGGUAUUAAAUUGGGAUUGGAUCCCAAAGUUUUAACCAACAUAGUCAACGUUUCCACCGGAAGAUCGUGGUCUUCGGAUACUUACAAUCCUGUACCUGGAAUCAUGCCCAAUGUACCUUCUUCUAAAGGAUACGAAGGGGGUUUUAGCGUGCCGUUGAUCGCAAAAGACUUGUACCUAGCUCAAGCGGCAGCGUUGAGUUGCGGCACCCCCUUACUACUAGGAGCCCUGGCGCACCAAAUAUACAGGACGCUCAUAUUGCAAGGAUAUGGCGAUAAAGACUUCGCUGUCGUAUACGAAUAUUUGAAAGGACAAUCCAAAAAUCAAUAAAACAACUAAAUAUUG